AUGCCCAAAGAUAAAGAGGACGCCGCGGACGAGGCGGCGGCGGCCGAACCCGAGACGACGACCGAUCCCGCGUCGGAGGAUGACAUCGCGGAAGGCGACGCGGACGGAAUCGCCGCCGCGGACGACGACGGCGACGAGGCGACGGCGACGGACGACGCGGCCGCGAACGCCGCGGACGCGCCCGCGGAUCCGAGCGGCGAACCCAAGACCGCGACGAACGCCGACGCGCGCGACGGCGGCGACCGCGCGAAGAAGCCCGACGGCGGCGCCGCCGCCGCCGAGGACGCGGCGAGCGCCGGCGCGGCGCCCGUCGCCGCCGUUCGAUCCGCGCUGCGAAUCGAGAUCCCAGCCUCGCGCGCGGGGUACAUGAUCGGCCCUCGCGGCGCGAUCGUGAAGUACCUGCGCGACUCCACGCAGUGCGGCGUGCACGUGCAAGAGGGCGGGCGCUCGCACCGCGUCGUCGUCGUGACGUCGAGCGACGCCGCGGAUCAUCCCGAGCUCUUCCACGGCGUCGACGGCGUCCUCAAGUGUCACCUCCGAGCGACGGAGCAGGAGGUGGACCUGCACGCGCCGCCGGGGACGGACGGCGCGAGGCCGGCGGGGGAGUACGUCGCGCGGGUUGUGAUUCCGAGCUCGCAGCUCGCGGGGUGCGUGGGGGAGAUCCCGGAGGAGGAGGACGUCGCGCCGACGGCGGACGCGGACGCGGAUGCCGACGCCAACGCCAACGCCGCCGCCGCCAACGCCAACGCCCCGGACGCGACGUCGUCGCUUCCCGGCGUCGCGAUCGCCGCGGACAUCGCGUCGAACACGGGCGCGUCGAUCGCGCUGCGCCCGAAGACGGAAACGCUCGCGACGAAGCUCGACCACCGGACGAAUCCCCCGAGCGAGGACGAGGACCCUCUUCGUCUGAUCGACGCCCCGGACGUCAAGGAGGGAUACUUCCGACAGAAGCAGGAGGCGUUCGCGAAGGAGUUCGCGGCGAAGGGGUACAAGCAUAACCCGCACGGACGGAGCCCGGAUCCGAUCCCGGUCGGUCAGUGCAUGAUGACGUUCGUCGUGCGGCCCGAAUUCGCGGGCGGUUUGAUUGGCAAACGCGGGAGCGCCAUCACCGCGAUGCGCGACGCGUCCGGGGCGAAGAUCACCGUGCACGAUAACGGGCGUCUGAGCGGCGAUCCGAACGCGCUUCGAACGGUGGAAAUCAACGGCACGGAGGCGCAGUGUUGGCACGCGAGGAAGCUCAUCGAGAAGGGAGUCGUCGACCAAGGCGGCGCCCCGUGCGCGGAGGCGAGGGUGCAAAAAGAAGGCGAGAUCCCGGAUCUUCCCGCGUACUUACUGGAAUAUAAGCCCGGCGGGCAGACGCGCGACAGCGUCCGCGCGCGGAGGCGCGACCGCGGCGGCGGGGACCACGGGGACCACCGCGACGGGCGAGGACGCGCGGCGUAUCGCGACGGCCGCGAUCGCGACGGCGGCGGCCGCGAUCGCGGCGGCGGCGGCGGCGGCGGCGGCGGCGGCUACCACCCGUACGGCAGAGAUAGACGCGACGACCGCGCGGGGGGAGGAUAUUACGACGAUCGGAGGGGCGGCUGGGACGAUCGGAGAGGCGGCGGCUGGGACGAUCGGAGAGGCGGCGGCGGAUGGGACGACCGCGGCGGCUGGAACCGCGAGCGCGGAUAUCAGGAGCAAGAACGCGGCGGAUGGGGCGGCGGGUGGGACGGCGGCGGCGCGUACGGGCAGCAGCAACAGUGGGGCGGGCAGCAGCAGCAGUGGGGGCAGGGCCAGGGUGGGCAGCAGCCGCAGCAGCAGUGGGGCGGGCAGGGGCAGCAGCAAGGGUACGGCGGGGAGUACUACCCGGACCAGUACGGCGGCCGCGUCGACCGCGGCGGGUACGGGCAAAACGCCUACGCGGAGUACGGCGCGAAUCAACAGCAGGGGUACCCUAACCAGCAGCAGCAGUACGGGCAGCAGCAGCAGCAGCAGCAGGGGUAUCAGGGCGGGUACCCGCCGCAGCAGCAGCAAGGGAACUACCGCGCGGGGCCGUAUUGA